CCGUGUUCUUGCACAUGCUUCACUUUAUUGUUGAGACGGUGACCUUCCUUGUGGCGACCUGUCUUGCAGUGCUGCAAUGUCCGGAUGGUGCCAUUGAAGUGGAAAGCGCGACUGAAAUAAUUGAGUAUGUCAAUCAAGUGAGGGAGAAGUUGGCUAAUGGCUUACAAACCACCGCGGAUGGAGCCUUUUUACCGCCGCCUAAAGACAUGACUGACUUGGUUAGUUGUCAAGACGCUCGUGUAAGCGCUCUUUACCUUUAUUCUAAAAAGAUUCGAUUCCCAAACGGGUUUAUGCUAACUCACAGAGGCUUAGUUGCCUUAGUAAUUGGUACGAGUCACGCCCUCGAUACGUAG